AUGCUGGCCUCGCGCUUCUUCGGCUGCGGUCUCCGAACGCCUCUUCUCGCCGCAGGAGUCGGGUUUUCGUCAGCACUAAUCUUCACUCCUUUGAUCCAAUCCUACCGAACACCACUCCGACUAGACAGCUCACCAUCGUCUGUGUCGCCAAGAGACUGGUCUUUCUCGCAAUACCAAUCCGAUGCUCGAGUACCAGUGUCAAACAAGCAUGGCGGCCUGAACGCCAGAGCUGUACGGCAGCUUUCAGCAGGAUCAAUCAUCGGUAAGUUCAUCACUCAGCCACUAAAUGUACGGCGACUAACACAGCUUCUUCUUCCAGGUCUAGGAGCAGGCCUCCUCCUCUCUACAUUUUCGAAACCUCUCGUCCUCCUCAUCGGCCUCCUCGUAGCCGGUGUUCAAACAGCAGAAAGCUACGGAAUCCAUUUAAUCCCCUACAAAACACUACAAGGCUAUGUAAAGAGCGUGGACUUGAGAAGUGCGGUUCAGGAUAAUGUGGCAUUCAAAGUGAGUUUUGGGUUGAUGUUUGCGAUAUCGGCAUUCGCGGAAUUGCCAGCAUAG